GAAGUGUCAUCCUAGUCUAACUUGCGCAACAUUUAGGCUACCGUGAGCGUGGGUUACAUGUUUGGGGUAGUAGAGUUCCCCUAACCGAUAAACUAAAAUUUGCAUUCUGCUGAAUCAAGUCAAAUGCGCCUUUCCACACAAGGAGGCACGUUGUAUUGUAGAUACUAGAAUGUCGACUAAUGCGGAAUCAACCCUGUCCGACGGAAUGUAUUCCAAACUUAUUGACAAUGAGCGUUCCUAUUUAGACGAGUCUGAUGCGAGCGGUCCAGAUGUUCAACACAAUUCAGUGUUGUCAGUGUCACCUUGGAGAGGGGCCUCCAGACAGGGGGGCCAGGGGCCCUACAGGUUGGCGUCCUUGUGUCUGGCUGUUCUGUGUGCUGUCCUGCUGAUCUCCCUCGUUGCGGUCAGUGCCCACUCCAGGAACCAGGCCCAAGGUCUGCCUGGCCCACAGGCUGCUCCCCAGAACCAGUCUGAAGGCCAGACCCAGAUGCAGACCCAGAUGCAGACCCAGUCCGCUGACGUAGCGGCGCUGACGGAAUCCCUGGCUAAGCUGCACAAAGAGAGAGACGACUUGCAGAAGGAGAGAGAUGACUUGCAGAAGGAGAGAGACGACUUGCAGAAGGAGAGAGAUGACUUGCAGAAGGAGAGAGACGAGCUGCUGACCCAUACUGGGCCUCAAGCGGUAACACCCGCCACCAAGAGUGCUGCACCCACCAUCCCAUGUGCUCAUCCCUGGAUCCAGUUCAACAGCAGCUGCUACUACAUCUCAUCCUUCAGUGACAGUUGGGAGGAUGGUCAGCACUUCUGUCAGGAGAUGGAUGGACACCUAGCCAUCAUACACACCCCUGAGGAACAGACAUUUGUGUGGGACCAGCUGCCUCGGGGUCACUGGAAUGCCUACUGGUUUGGGCUCAGUGAUGAGUCCACCGAAGAUGACUGGGUCUGGGUGGAUGGAACCAAGCUGGUUGGAGGUUUCUGGGAAGAGGGCGAGCCUAACAACCACAUCAACGAGGACUGCGGCUACAUUGUGAAGACACAGGUGCUGGAGCGCAAGGCCAUCAGGAGCUGGUACGACGCCCCCUGCUCCAUGCACUGGCCUUUCAUCUGCGAGAAAGAGAUGGGAGCACCCCAGUAGACAAAACAAGGGCAACAUAACUUGAGGUUGUCCCUCUGUCAUAAGAUAGUUUGAUGAUAGAUUCCAUAAAAGAUUAUAGAUAGGUAUAGGUACUUAUAGGGCUUUAAUUUUGUUGUGUAAUACUUCUACAGUGUUUUAUAGUUUUUCUUUUGUGUGUGUGUGAGGCUUUAACCACUAUCUUUCUUAAUGGGAAUUUUCUCUAUUGAAGAUGUAUCCAUUUAUCAAGUUGGGGUUUUGUUACAAUCUAAAAAGCCUCCUCCUGUCAAAUGACUUGUAAUGUUUCAAGUUAAAUAACUCAGUAAUGGCUGUAAAUUAGACAUGUAAAUGCACUCGGCCCAAACGUUGUAACAAACCUUGCAAAAACCCAACCGACGUGUUAGUUUUCAACCUCUAGGUGGCAGUGUUCAUUCAAGGGAUGAGACACACUGGCCUUUCAACACACACACACCACCAUACUCAUGUUGUAUUCCAGACACAAAUGUGUAUGCCAAAUGCAAUAUGCCAAAUAUACCACAAUGUCCUACUGCAUACAGUUGCAUUUUGCAGUAUACAAGCCAGCGUUCUUUUCUGGCUGUUUUGACCCACAAUCCUCAGCUCAGCAGAAGAUCCGUCACAUCAACUGAGCUACAGACAUUACAAAGUAACAACAGCAGAGCUGUGGUUGCCCUCCAACAGUAUGUGCAUCUCUGGUCUGCUCCACAGUAAAGAAGAGAAAUUGCACCAAGCAUUUUUCUACAAACUGUAACAUACGUACGUGUGAGCAAGGGGACAAAGUCCUUGCACAAUGUGAUGACAAAGUAGUAUGUACCAAUUGAAUGCACAACGCAUGCAACAACGUCUUUACCUGACCACCUAACUGAAAAUAUCUACCAGAACAAGUAAAAAGAAAAAAAAGGGAAUGCAUCCUUUCAAGUGACAGAACACAACUCUUGUGUUAACUAAUAAUAACAUGAAAACAGCUAUAGACUAAGCAUGCUACACCGGCUAAACACAGCAGGCCAGGGUCUGUGCUCACCCUCCUGAUCAUUGUUGGGUCAUGCAUAUGUAAGACAUGGGAUUUGAACAACCAUAUUUUCAUUUGGGAACCCAAACAUUUUCCAAAGAUCUGUACCUUUUCAACAAGGAAUUUGUGGAGUUCUGGGUGCAGAUAAUGCCUUUUUUCAAGUCACAAAGCCAGGCCUCUCUGCACACAUUCUUGUACCCUUAGUCUAUAAGCCUACAUCCACUUGGCCAAUCUUCCAGUCGGGGCUCCUGCUCUCACCCCCUGACGUAGGUUUAAGUGGGAUGGCUUUCUUCAUCUCCCCUGCAGCGCAAGCCUGCCUACUGUGGGGUCAAAGGUGAGCGGUUUGUUUAGCUGUGUGACACUGCCCCCCUCUUUGAGCCUGUUACAGGAGCCAUCAGGAAGCUCACUAGUCUGCUUCUGUCAUUCUCAGUUAGUCAGGAUUAGGGUAGGAAUGGGAGAGAAAGAGGGAGGGUGAGGGAGAGAGAGAGACUGAGACACCUACAGAAAGUGUGGAGGGAGGGAGGUAUAGAGUGACGUUAGUGAAGAGUAUGAGGCAAGUAAAGAGAGAGACUAUACUACAGUAUUGUUGCUUUGAAAAUAUUUUAAAUGUUUCUUUACAUAAAAUGAAAUCUAAAUAAAAGUGCAUUUUAUGAAAAUUAAAAGAGAAUAAUUGUCAGCCUGAUGAUUAAAAGAGAAUAAUUGUGGGACAAAUAGAUGCGGAGGUAAAAAAAAAAGAGAGAGAUGUGGAGCAUAAUUGGUCAAAACAUGUUUCCUUUUACCAAGACUUAUUAGCCAGCUCUCUAUGUAUAGUUUGGUGCUAUUAAGUUUAAAUACCAUAUGUAAUUAGCUUUUCUCAUAUCUGGUAUUCUGGUAUUUUAGCAGAUGUGCACUACACUGAAGUGGUCACAGUAAAGGUAUAACAAGUGUCCCCCCUAGUGGCACUCUAAUGUGACAACCUGGAUGAUCAGAGGGUGGAUCAGAGGUGUGUGUGAGUGUUUGUGUGUGCACCGUGUAAAUCUGGAUGUAAUACCACUACGAGUCUACAAACUAUCAACUGCAGCAGGUCAUCUAUUGCCAAACUCACUAUAUGCAGCUCCAGUGGAAGGAUUAACCUGAUCUCUAACCAGAAGUAAGGUGACCUCAUACACUAGUAGCUGGAGGCAUAUCAAAUAAACUCUGUAACUCA